AAUGAACAUUCAGGAAUGAGUGACGGGCGCUGAAUUCAGGAUUGCGACACACUCUUCCAUGUGAAAACGAUUUUUGCAUCAUCAUUCCAUUGCUCUCAUUUGUUUUUCAUUAGAUUGGUGCGACCUCGAAUUGGCAAAAUGUUCCGUCCUGCGUUGAGGAUCGCUGCCUCUGGCCGACAGGCGUCCGCUCUUCCACAUCUAGGGAAACGCUUUGCGAGCACAAGGUCGUCUCGGCCAUCAACAUUCAAGGGCACAAUUCUUCGAUGGGGACUCGCGGGAGCUAUCGUGUACUAUUACAACACUUCGGCCAUAUUUGCGGAUGAUGCUCAAUAUGUUUCAUAUACGCAGCCCGAAGCUAAAGUCGAGAGCGAGAGCUACUCAACAAUAGAUGCGAUAGCAGAACAGCGACGCGCUCAAUCGCGAUCGCGAGACACCGACUCGCCGAAGAAUGCCACAUCUAGCCCGAUCGCCACGCCAGACGCGGAGCCCGCAGCAGUUGGGAGCCCGGGAGAGCUCGAACAGGAAGCUGAGCAACAGGGCGCAUUCAAUGAAGAGACAGGGGAGAUUAACUGGGACUGUCCGUGUCUUGGGGGAAUGGCCCAUGGUGUCUGUGGCGAACAAUUCCGAGCCGCUUUCAGUUGUUUUGUCUAUUCAAAGGAGGAGCCUAAAGGAGUGGACUGCAUCGAGAACUUCAAGGCCAUGCAGAACUGUUUCCGGGAACAUCCUGAUAUUUACGGAGCCGAGCUCGAAGACGAAGACGUUGCACUCCCAGAGGAGGGUGAGGGUGCCGGAGCACACGCGCUGGAGGGCUCAGUAGAGCCAGCGAAGAAUGCCGCGAGCGAGGGCUCAAGGUCAGAUCGUGAGCAGGCUAGGAAUGAUGUUCAGAGCGCUCCCGCGCCAACAACAGGUGCGCGGCCUUGAGGAUGAGGGAAGUGCACGCCAGUACCUCCCCGAGACGAUUAGAAUGUAACAUAUAUGUACCACACACCCAUGAUACAGAAAAAUGCGCCC